GCCAUGGAGCGCCCGCCACCCGACGGGUCGCUGAACGCGUCGGGGGCGCUGGCUGGAGAGGCGGCGGCGACGGCGGCGGGCGGGGCGCGCGGCUUCUCCGCCGCCUGGACCGCGGUGCUGGCCGCGCUCAUGGCGCUGCUCAUUGUGGCCACUGUGCUGGGCAACGCGCUGGUCAUGCUCGCCUUCGUGGCCGACUCGAGCCUCCGCACCCAGAACAACUUCUUUCUGCUCAACCUCGCCAUCUCCGACUUCCUCGUGGGAGCCUUCUGCAUCCCGCUGUACGUGCCCUACGUGCUGACGGGCCGCUGGCCCUUCGGCCGGGGCCUCUGCAAGCUGUGGCUGGUGCUGGACUAUCUGCUAUGUACAUGCUCCGUCUUCAACAUCGUGCUCAUUAGCUACGACCGGUUCCUGUCCGUCACCCGCGCUGUGUCUUACAGGGCCCAGCAGGGCGACACGCGGCAGGCGGUGUGGAAGAUGGUGCUGGUGUGGGUGCUGGCCUUCCUGCUGUACGGGCCGGCCAUCCUGAGCUGGGAGUACCUGUCGGGCAGCAGCUCCAUCCCCGAGGGCCACUGCUACGCCGAGUUCUUCUACAACUGGUACUUCCUCAUCACGGCCUCCACGCUCGAGUUCUUCACGCCCUUCCUCAGCGUCACCUUCUUCAACCUCAGCAUCUACCUGAACAUCCAGAAGCGCACCCGCGACCGGCUGGACGGGGUCCGAGAGGCCGCCGGCCCAGAGCCCCCGCUGGAGGCCCAGCCCUCUCCGCCAGCCGCGCCCGGCUGCUGGGGCUGCUGGCAGAAGGGGCGUGGGGAGGCCAUGCCGCUGCACAGGUACCGGCCCGGGGUCGGCGAGGCGGCCCCUGGCACCGAGGCAGGGGAGGCGGCGCUGGGGGGCAGCGGAGGGGGCACCGCAGACUCUCCCACCUCCAGCUCGGGCAGCUCCUCACGGGGUGCGGAGCGGCCUCGCUCGCUCAAGAGGGGCUCCAAGCCCUCGUCAGCGUCGCUGGAGAAGCGCAUGAAGAUGGUGUCCCAGAGUAUCACCCAGCGCUUCCGGCUGUCUCGGGACAAGAAGGUGGCCAAGUCGCUGGCUGUCAUCGUGAGCAUCUUUGGGCUCUGCUGGGCCCCGUACACACUCUUGAUGAUCAUCCGAGCUGCCUGCCAUGGCCGCUGUGUCCCCGACUACUGGUACGAGACCUCCUUCUGGCUGCUGUGGGCCAACUCCGCGGUCAACCCCGUCCUCUACCCGCUGUGCCAUUACAGCUUUCGCCGCGCCUUCGCCAAGCUGCUGUGCCCCCACAAGCUCAAGGUGCAGCCCCACAGCUCCCUGGAGCACUGCUGGAAGUGAG